AUGAAUGCUUUAUCCUAUCACUUACAAAAAAGUAUACAGCGCCUGGAAGAAGUUCUUUCUCCUGAUGAUGACAUCGACGACAAUCGUUUAGCUCGUCUUAACACUCCACCCUUGACGCAAUCUCACUCACCACGCAUUAAUUCAAAUCACAGAUCCAACCGGAAUCUCAUGGCGACAUCCAAUCCUACUCAAUUAGUCGAGGAGAAUCGUUAUCUUAACGAUGAGUUAAAUCGUGUGGAGACAAUGCUGAAUCUUACACGUGCUGAAAAAGACGAACUGAGUAUUCGUUACAAUGCUCUCUCCGAUCGACUCGAACAAGCAUUACGGGCGCAAGGUGUAGACAUCGGAGCAGAAAUGAUAAGCAGUGACUCUGAACAACACAUUCUAGUUCAACAGAAUAUCGAAUUGAGACGAAAACUUGAAGAGGAACAUCAGAAUUACAAACGAAAACUAUCGAAUUAUCAAGAAGGACAAUUGAAACAAGCGGAAUUAGUGCAAAAACUUCAACAAAAAGUUUUGCAAUAUAAAAGUCGAUGUACGGAAUUAGAAUUACUGAUCGAACAGCACCAAGCCGAUAUGGAUCGUCUUCGACAAACAGCAACUAGUCAACGUCCAUCAUCGCGAACAACAACAAUAAACUAUGAAUCUCACACAAUACAAAAUGAAGAAGACCAAGACACGACAACAACGACACUUGAAAGUGAAAAGCAAAAAAGUAUCAAUUUGACCCAAUUGAACACAGUCUUACGAGAUCAGAUCGAUCAAGCUCAUUUAGCUAAUCAACAAUUGAGCGAAGAACUACGUCGAGUCACCGUUGAACUGAAUCAUGUUCGUGAUGAAUAUACUCAAAAAACACGCGAUUGGAAAGAAGAGGAACGGGUUUUCAACCAAUAUUACAAUAAAGAACAUAACUUGAUGUACGAGCUAUGGCGUGAUAUUGUUUCGUUUCGUAAACAAUUCACUGAAUUAAAAGGCACAACUGAACGUGAUUUGAUGCGUGUUCGUAAUGAUCUCGCUCAAACGGGUCGUUCAUUAACAAGUGCUUGUUUCGGGUUCUUGACAACCUCGAAAGCAGCUGAAACUCAGGGACAGGCGGCCAUAGAACGCGAACGCAAUGAUCGCACAAAUCUAGAAAGUCAAAUUCGUGAAAAGUCACGCGAAAUUGCUGAUUUGAAACAAAAAUCGCAAGAUUUAGCAGAAUUGAAUGAAAAACUACGCCUUCAAUUAGCUGAAAAAGAUGGCACUAUCAAUACUCUAGCACGUGCUAAACAAACACAUCAACAAGCAACGGUUUGUCUCGUUUCUCUUAUCGAAAUUCCGAUCGAAAGAAAGAAGCUUGUUAAGUUCGCGUAA